UACGAUCAGUUUUCGCCGGGAUUUCAAACAGUUCGGACGCUGUUUUCGCGUGAAUGGUGCGUAUCGUGGAGACUCAUUGCGGUGUUUGUGGUUUCUGAGCUGAAUGGGAUUUUCUGGAUUACUUUGGCGCGGUUUUUUGUACCUUGGUUUUCUGGCUGAGUGAAGUGGCGUUGAGAUGGAUACGGUUUUGUUGUCCUUUUUGGACGGGCUGCCUUGAAUUAUCUCGUACGUUCGUGACUGAAGGAAAGUGUGGUGAAACCCGUAGACUUGUUACGAUAAAUUGCUUGGCGGUGUAGUAUUUAAAUAGAUUGCGCGUUUUGGUGCACGUUCAAAGAGUCAUACGCGUUGUUUUUCUCUUCACUUACCUUCGCAAGUGGUGCGUAUUUUGUUCCUUUUUCGACGCCCAAACGGACCGAAAUAAUACGCUGUUAAUAUGUCAUCGGCUUUUUUGUACUGUCGACAACCGCAAGUGACAAUGUGCUUCGGUUCGUUUAGAGUUGGUGCCAAUCAGUGAAUCGCCUAUAGAUUGGUUGAAAUAAAAAUAAAUGAAAAUAUUCCCACCGCUGUUCUCGUUGGCGUUGGAACGGCAAGUGCUAAAACGUAUCGAUGAUUUCGUGGAAAAUAAUCCUUCCCUCGUCCCUGGUGGGUAACGUAAGAAAAUAAUUGUGAGAUCAGACCUUAUGAGCGACCUUUUUCUCGGUUUGGAAUCUGAAAAGGUGCAAUAAAAUAAAACGCAGGAGAAACAACAGAAGGAGUGAAAGAAAAGUGCAAAUUGGUAUCCCGAGAAGAAAUAAUUUGGAAGUGUGCUUGUGAGUGAAGUGCAGAUCACACAAGUGCCAAAGGUAACACGUGGGAAUCUUCAAAAAUGCAAUUUCAUUGAGUGGUGUUCCCAUCCGGCAAUCAGUGUCGGGUCAGUUUACAUCGUGCGUACUUUUUUUUUUGGAUGUUGCUGCGGCGCACCGAAUGCCGAUCAAUAGUGUUUGCUAUCUGUGACCCUUGGAUGUAAUGAAGCGACGCGACGGAAGCGCAAUUGAGUUCGGUGUCCUGUCCAGUCGAUGAGUUGUCGUACGAAGCUUUCUUUCUUGUCGGUCGGUGGUGACCAUUUCGAAGGCCAAAGACCAUAACCAUCAUCAACAUAAUAUGGCAGCCGUCCAUUACGUCGACGAGAUCAGGGGCCAAUAAUGAAGAAAACUGGUCGUGAGCUCGAUAUGCUAAUCACUGGCUGGUGGCCGUCGCUCGACCAUGCUUGAACUACCGAAGUCGUCCGCAUCACGUCUUCCCUGCGAAUGGUGGAAGUGAGGCGCUCUAUUCUACUGUUCCAUCCACAAACUGCUGUUGAGGAAGUGGGAAUGUGCUUAUGCGGAACUCAGAACGUGUGCCACCGUCAUCCACAGCUAUCUCUACGGAAAAAAGGCAACAGCUUUCGCAUAAAUCAUGAUAAUGUGAAAACAAAAGAAAACCAUUGCUUGAAAAGUGUUCAGAAAUCGGAGUUAUCAACCCAGUGAAGAAAAGGGCAAAAGAAAAGUGAUCGGAGUUUAUCAGUGCUGGUGGAAGGGAGUGCUGGCGAGAUAUAUGUAAACCAUAAAAGCCUAGCUGCCAGGAAGUCCGAUAAGUGAAUUUUGCAAAACGAAAAUGUGGUCAAUUAGUGGCCUUUUGAUGGCCUUUUUGGGCACGUGCUGUCUUUUGGCGGCCUCGACCAGUGGGAAGUUCGGUCGAGAUGACAUAAAUAUCGAAGAGUUUCAACGGGAUGACCCGUACGGUAAUCAUCAGCGAGAGGACGAUGUCGAUUCCGGGGAGAUGCGGAUUGCGCAACCGAUGCGCCAUCGAAGCGGGCGCAUGCGGAUUGGACAGCUUCGUCGCGGAGGACUCCGAGCUCGGCACUCCAAACACGACCUCAAGCUACUAUCCGGCCUCACUUCGUCCUCGGCGGUGGAUUUCGACCACGGUUUCCAAAAACCAACCGGACUGUGGCCAUCGUUUUUCAACGUAGCGAUGCGGGCGACAAUUUCGGUGAAUGCAACCUGCGGUCAACACGGCAAGGAAGAAUAUUGUCGCCUGCAGGACCCACACCGAUCGCGAUCUUCCCAGCAGUGUGGCAUAUGCGAUGGCAACAAUCCGGACCUGGAGAAACGGCAUCCCAUUACGAACAUUGUCGAUGGGACGAAUAGCUGGUGGCAGAGUCCGACGAUGCACAAGUCGAUCAAGAACGAUCGCGUCACCAUUUCGCUCGAUUUGGGUCAGGUCUAUCAAGUGGUGUUUUUCACGAUGCGUGCCGCAGUCUCACCUCUGCCGGCGGCGUGGGCUUUGGAAAAAUCCACCGACGGGAAGGUGUACGGUGCAUGGCAGUACUUCGCCGCUGACGACGACGAGUGUCGGGAUCGGUUCGGACUGGCGGCUCACAGUGCCAACUACAUCUUCAAGAACGACUCCGAAGUGAUUUGCUCCACACAGUUUUCCUCCGUCGAUCCGCUUGAGAGUGGUGAAAUCAACCUCUCGCUCAUCACCGGCCGACCGAGUGAGAAAACCACCUCACAAGAGCUGCUCAAUUUCACCUUGGCUCGCUACAUUCGGAUUCGCCUGCUACGUAUGCACACUGCGGUGUUUCGUGAUGGCGUAAGCGCUGACAGUGGGACGGAUACUUUGGCGCAGGCGAAACGGAGCUUUUACACCAUUCGUUCGCUGCGGAUCGGUGGGCGGUGUUUCUGCUCCGGCCAUGCUGCCAAAUGCAAAGCCAACGACAACAACAUCGAAAAUCUACCACGCUGUGAGUGUAUGCACAACACGUGCGGAACGCAUUGCGAUCGGUGCUGUCCGUUGUACAACCAGAGACCCUACCGGGUUGGGACGCCUUUCCAGGCAAACAAGUGCGAGCGGUGUGAGUGUAACGGCCAUGCCAAGGAAUGUUUCUACGACCCCGAUGUGGACGAAAAGGGACUCAGCGUCAACGUGCGAGGAAAACUGACCGGCGGUGGUGUUUGUCUGAAUUGCACAAAAUUUACCACCGGUAUCAACUGUGAAAAAUGUCUCCCGUUUUAUUACCGACCUGUGGGUAGAAUGCCUAAUGCAGAAGAACCAUGCGUGCCGUGUGGUUGUAAUGAAAUUGGAUCUACUGGCGAGUGUGAUCCGUUUGGUGGGGAGUGCGUUUGCAAGGAAGGCUUUACUGGACCCGAAUGUACGGAGUGUGCUCCCGGAUAUCACGGAGAAAAGUGCACCAAAUGUCUUUGUGAUAUACGAGGAACAAUGCCCGGGGGUGAAUGUGAAUCGCACUGCCAGUGCAAAUUGCACGUGGAAGGAGAGCAGUGCGAUCGGUGUGCUUCCGGUUACUUUUCUUUGAGCGUUGACAAUCCAGAAGGUUGUUCAAAAUGCUUUUGCUCAGGCAUAGGACAAACUUGUACAAAUGCAAUUGUGAAGAGUUCAAGCUACGGAACUUUAGAAGGCUGGAGUGUAACUGACUUGGCAAGAUCUAGAAUAGCCUAUCCUACAAGGGAUAACGAAACAGGGUUCAUGGUAAUUGGAAUGUUUGAACUGUCGGAAACGGAGGCGGUAUAUUGGUCUACACCCAAAGGCUACCUUGGAAAUCGUCUUCAAAGUUACGGAAACAAGUUGACAUUCAAAACCUCCUGGGUCAUAGUACGGGGUGAUACAAGUGGAAAACCAACCACCGGUCCAAGCAUCAUUCUAUGCGGACGGAAUGGUAUGAAAAUUGCCUUCGGAGAUGAAACAUUCACAGGUCCAUCUAACGCAACCUUGGAGAUCCACCUGAGAGAAGACAACUGGUACCACGUACCAAAAAGUGUUAAAGACAUUGUCACGCGGCUCAAAAGGACCGAAUACCAUGGUGAUCCGGUAACGAGGGCUCAGUUUUUGUCCGUUCUAUUGGACGUGGAAAGUAUCUUACUAAGGGGUACCUUCCAUACCGAUCAAGUGGAGAGCGUUUUGGAAGCGGCAAUGCUGUAUGAAGGUGCAAAUGAAAGUGAAUCAAUUGAAGGCGAAAGUGCAGUAGAAAAGUGCGAUUGCCCUCCAGGUUAUUCCGGUCUAUCAUGUGAACAGUGUGCAUUCGGUUAUGUACGAAUCUACGAAAAUACGAUCACUCACGAAAAUGUGGCCAAAUGUAUCCCGUGUACAAUGUGCAAUGGUCAUGCGGAAAGCUGUGAUUUAGUGACCGGUGAGUGUGGAUUGUGCCAUCAUAACACGUUCGGGGACACUUGUGAGCGUUGUUUACCGGGAUAUUACGGAAAUGCUUUGAUUGGGAAACCUGACGAUUGUAAGAAGUGCGCCUGUCCGAUGGAGGCUGAGAGCAACAACUUUUCGCCGAGCUGUCUACUGAAAGGAGGAACUGAAUUAUUAAACACAACAGAAUACAUUUGUACGCAAUGCCCGGAAGGCUACACAGGUGACCAUUGCGAAAUAUGUGACGAUGGCUAUUUUGGAAACCCAGUGGAACUGGGUGGCAAAUGUCUCCCCUGUCCUUGCCACGGUGGUCCGUGUAAUGCAAGGACUGGGGAGUGCAUCGAGUGUUUGGGCAACACGGAGGGAUGGCGUUGCGAGCGCUGUAAGAGUGGCUACUGGGGACUCCCCGACGAAGGAUGUGAGCCGUGCAGUUGUUCCGAAGUCGGUGCCCUGGAGAAUGUCUGCGAUGUUAUUACGGGGCAGUGUAUCUGCAAGGCCCGCUACGGUGGACGGAGGUGUGACGAGUGUGAUAGUGGCUACGGAAAUCUGGACCUUGAUUGUCCGGCGUGCGAGUGUCAUGUGAAUGGGUCGGCAGGUGAGGUUUGCCAUAAGCUCAGUGGUCAGUGCGAGUGUAAGUUGGGUGCCGAGGGAAACAAGUGCGACCAGUGCCAGGAGGAGUUCUUCGGUCUUUCGGAGGAGUUUCCAGCCGGUUGCGAAGGAUGCCACUGCCACGUGGAGGGGUCGGCAAACCGGUUGUGCAACCGGCACAGCGGUCAGUGUGUCUGCAAGCCCAAUGUCACGGGUCGGCAGUGCAACAAGUGCGCGAUCGGCUACUGGAAUUUGCUGUCCGGCGUGGGUUGCAUUCCGUGCACGUGCGACCCCAACGGGAGCGAUCAUCGCGAGUGCGAUACGCAGAGCGGUCAGUGCUUCUGCAGAACCGGCGUCGAGGGCAUCAACUGCGAUCGCUGCCAGCAGGGUUACUACGGGUUUUCUAGUCAAGGAUGUAAGAGAUGUGAGCAGUGUGCGAGCGCAGCGUACGUGUGCGAUCCGGAUACGGGCCGAUGUUUGUGUCCACCGAACAGUCAUGGCCAUGAGUGCCGUAUCUGCGACGCCAACACCUGGGGCAACGUGUUCCAGAAGGGGUGCCAGCACUGCGAGUGCGACAAUGUUGGCUCCGUUGGACAGUCCUGUAACAGCGCAACCGGACAGUGCAAUUGUAAGGAGGGAUUCACCGGCAGGCAGUGUAACGCGUGCUCCAUCGGAUACUACGGAUAUCCCAACUGUCGCCGGUGUAACUGCGAUGAGCGGGGAUCGAGUGCUAACCCCGAUGGUAGUUUCGACUGUGAUGAGCAUGGCCAGUGUCGGUGUAGAGUGAUGACCUUUGGGCGACAGUGCGAGCAGUGUAAAUCGGCCACUUUCGGUUUGGCCUCGGUAAAUCCUGAUGGAUGCACGAGGUGCUUCUGCUUUGGUAGAUCGCAGGAUUGUGAGCAAAGUGAGCUUUCGUGGGGGCAGAUUCGUCUGCAGGGAUCUCGGAAUCUGAGCGUUGAGUAUGUGGUGCGUGAAGAAGACGAUUAUGAUUUUGAUUACGUUGUAGUAAUCCAACUGGAAGGCAGCAGAACUAACAGAGAAGCGUCGGAGGUUAAAAGUAUGAACAACUUGGAUUUGAUUCCCAGUUCGACGGGAAACGUUUCGAUAGGAGCGUAUAGCGCCUUCCAGUACCCUUUAUACUUCCAACUUCCAUCCCAGUUUCUUGGCGAUCGAAUCACGAGCUAUGCAGGUUUGCUGAAUUUCACCUUGGUAACGGUAGGAGCACACCAAAAUAUUCCGGAAGCAUCGCUCCGGCAGUUUCCCUUGGUUCAACUGCACACUCACGACGAAUUGGUUUUGGACUAUUAUGAAGAUCAGAUAGUGUAUGACAAGGAGGUUAUUCAUCAUUCGGCAUUGUUGCAUGAGAGGUUCUGGAAAAAUCAUUACGAUGGGAAUGUUAUAACUCGGGCAAUUCUUAUGGUUGCGUUGCAAAACGUACGACAUGUAUUCGUCAGAGGCACCAUCAGCACCGACUUUCGUCAAGUUUUAUUGACGAACGUUACGUUGGAUAUGGGAAUUUUCGUAGAGGGUGCAGAAAACAAUCAUGCCUAUGGAAUCGAACGAUGCAACUGUCCAGUCGAAUACAGUGGAUUGUCUUGUCAAAAUCCUGGAUCCGGCUAUUACCGCUUUAAGCCACAGAUUCCGAAUAAAUUACCAGAGACGAUCGACGAUUACAUCGGAAAGAGUAUUCCAUGCGAUUGCAACGGCCGCAGCAACGAGUGCCACCCUGAAACCGGAAUUUGUGUGAACUGUCGGAAUAAUACCGGGGGAGACCACUGUGAAAAGUGCGCGGAAGGAUUUUAUGGGAAUCCUAUCCAUGGGUCUUGCCAAGCUUGUCCGUGUCCCGAAACGAGGAAAAACUUUGCCAAAGGUUGUGUGGUUCAUGGCGAUGAGGUGAGCUGUAUUUGCAAACCUGGCUAUACGGGACGGCUUUGCGAGUCCUGUGAAAAGGGUUACUUUGGGUUCCCUCAUUUGGAGGACGGUCGAUGCGAGUCUUGCGGAUGCAAUCGCGAGGGAAGCGCCUCCGAAGAAUGUGAUGCUUGGACUGGCAAUUGUCGGUGCAAACCGGGGAUUACUGGAGCGAAAUGCGAUCGCUGUGAGCAACCUAAGCACAUUGUUCAAAACUACAAAUGCAAAGCCUGUGACAAUUGCACUGUUACUCUUAUUGACGAUUUCACCUAUCUGACUGAUUAUUUGGAUCGAGAGACCGCUCACAUAGAUAAGAACGGAAUCCCAGCCCCAUGGAUCGAUCUGGAACGAUUUGAGCAAGAAGCGGAAUACUUAGGAACCUCAGUUGGCAGACUUUUGGAUGUUAAGGAUCGUAUAGUCAAUUUCGAUCAAACAAUUUUGGAUGAUAUGGAACACAACGCAACCCGGUUGAACAAAAAUCAUAAGAAGCUUGCCAACCGGUUGAAUGAGUUCCGGGAUAUCUCAGUUAUCAAAACGAUGGAACGAUCCGCUGCUCUGGCGAACGAUGUGAACGAAAUGAAAGAUGAUAUCGAAAAUACGAUACGGAUCCUGAACAACUACGGAACCAGUGACACUCACGUCAAACUGCCAGCCGCGGUGAAAGAGGCUACCGAUCUGUUGGACGAUAUCAAAGCUAAGUACGCACAAAGCAAAUCUCGACCGGAUAUUUUGGAAUGUGCGCAACGACAGUUUGAUUUAGUGGGGAAUAAAUCGCAAGUAUUACAGCGACAAAACAAAAGGCUUGACGAUAUCAUGUACGAGGUGCAAGUGUUCAACGGCCGAUUGCAACAUUUCGAGAAGCUGAACAAAGAAGUAUUCAACAAUGCUACACUGACUGAGACAUUCUCCAGCAAGAAUAAAAGGAAGUUGGCUGAAGUACAGCGAAAGAUUCAGCAGGCGGACGAACUGCUCGAUGAAAUCGAUUGGUUUUUGGAUGAAGAUAUCCUGGCCGAGAGCAAUGUAAAACUUGAACAAAUCAAAGAUAAUCAUCGGCAGUUACAGCAGAAUAAGGGUAAUUUAAAAUUUCUGAAUGAUGCUCUGGAGGAAACGAUUAUCGAGUUUGACGAGAAAUUCGAGGAUUUGAUAACGAAUGAAGUACCGAAGGCAAAGGAACAUGCGAAUCGAUUGAAACAGGAAUCGGACGAUUUCCAGCGGUUGUUCAAAGAUACGGAGGAAGGUGCCGCGAAUGCUAUGAAAGCAAGCAUGGCAUACGAGAACAUCGUCGCAGCCAUUGUUUCGGCUCAAGAUUCGGCAGACAAUGCUACAGAUAGCGGGAGAGUGGCAAACAAUAAGGUGAACCCGCUUGGUGAUGUUCCGUUGAUCGAUCGCAGCGAACAUGCAUUGAAUGUGUCGUCGAACAUUGAGAAAAAGGCCCACAAAGAAUUAGAGAGGGCGAAUGAAUUAGACGAGAUUAUGGUGUCGAAGGAGAAACAGGUUGAGAGUUUGCGAUACAAAAUGCGACUGGCGGGGGUGGAUAAUAAUAAGGUCGUGGAGGAAGAAGGUUUGAUCAGUAGAGGCGAUGCGAUGAAGACGUUACAGGGAACAUUGGACCAGGCGAAUAUCGUUUCGGAUCAAAUGAAGUUUGUCCGGGAAGAAGCCGUUGGGUUGAACAGCGAUGUGUACAAGUUGAAAUUGAAGCUGGCGAAAUUGGAACCGGAGUGGGAUACAAAAUUCGGGAUGGCAGAGGAAAACGUUUCACAGUCGCUGGGAAACAUUUUGAACGCAAAAAAGGAAUUAAGCAGGGUGGAGAAGCUCGAGAAGAUUCAGAGUGAAAAAUUCCGGACGUGGAAUGCGUCGUUUUCGGCUCAGCUUCAAGAACUGAAAGACACGAUUGCAAGGGCGAAGCAUGCAGCAGAAGGGAUUCGUGUGUCCCUCGAAUCUCAAAACGAUUGCGUGCGUUCUUACGCUCCAAUAUCUUAUGGACCGUCUACCACGAAUCGAAUUAUGCUUUCGGUGGCUUUGAACUCCGACAGUACGGAUUCGCCUCUAAUCUAUAUGCAAGGCGAAAAUCAGCGAUUCUUUGCACUCGAAAUGCACAAUAGGAGAAUUCGUUUGGUGUGGAACCUCGGCGACAAAGUAGUGAUGAUCACUCAUCCGACAGAGAUCAAACAGCGUGAUCCGAAGUACGAUGACGCAUGGUAUUUUAUCGAAGCGAAUCGCACUCUAAACUUGGCGAAUCUGAACGUACGUCGAAUGACGCACAGUGGUGUCCUGAGUCCCGCCAACUCUGUUGAAGGGGCAAGUAGCGCUUCUUUCUCUACGAUCAACAUGGGACCAAGCAGUAGGAUAUGGAUCGGUGGAGUUCCGGAGAAUUUAAGAGUUCCGGAGAUGCUACCAAGGGAGGGUCUUGGUUUAGUUCUUAGCCAGCUGUAUGUCGAUCAGCGGCAGCUUGGUUUGUGGCAUUUCAUGUCGUCCAGUGGGAACUGCGGAGGUGCCAUGUUGGGACCUCAGGAGAGCUCCAGCACGACCAGCGAGCGGCACUUCAACGGGGAAGGCUACGCAGUGCUGCAGAAAUCAUCUAGUCAUAGAAGCAAAAAUCAGUUCAGCUUGACAUUGAGCUUCAAAACGUUGGACGAGAAUGCUUUAAUCUUCCUGGCGCUGGACGAAGUAAAUAACCGUUCAAUCUCACUGACGCUUUACCAAGGACGGCUGGUAUUCCGCGUGGACUACGGAGGGGACUCAAAACUGGAGAUCAACACCACAAACCGGUACAACACCGGCCAGUGGGUGGUCGUCGAAGCAGCUCGAUCGUUCUCCAAAGGCAGUACUGAGAACGGCAUACUCAAAGUGGACAACAAAGAAGAAUUCCGUGGCGCCCCAACGAAACCAAUCAAUUCCGGAAUGCUCCCGAACUUGAGCGAAAACUACUAUUUGGGCGGUGUGCCGCCUGGAUUCAAAUCUGGUACAACAAAGGCACCGGGCGCGGAUCACGCGUUCCUCGGAUGUCUGAGAGGUGUUCAAAUAACUGGAGUUUCCUAUGACCCGCUGGAUAGUUCCAAACAUUUUGGCAUAGAGGGAUCUUGUAUUGACACGAUAAGUAAGGCCGGAUUCUAUGGGAAUGGAUACGUGGAGUUUCCCUCACACAGUUUGAGAAAACGAGCGAACUUUGGGUUCAUUUUCCGAACGUUGGAACCAAAUUGCUCUCUACUGUUGUCGGGCUUCCCAUCGAGUUUGUCUAAUGAGUACGACUCAAAAGAUAUGCGCGGAAACUAUUCCGUAUUUCUUCACGAAGGUAAACUCAAUCUAUGGGUGGACUCUGGUGCAGGCCGAGUAGAGCUGGAAUCGAACAACAGUCUAAACGAUGGGGAGUAUCAUGUGCUUCGAGUGAUCAAGCGUGGAAGAGCCGUUGAACUACGAAUCGAUGACGAGUUUCAAGGAGCGAAAUCUCUGCCCAAGCAACAAGCUUUGGUCAAUAUGCCCGGGGAAUUGGGAGGUCUCUUUCUGGGAGGCGUUCCAGACGAUCCGGCUUUUGAUUCUCUCUCUAAAUCGUUCAAUGGGCUUAAGGGUGUUAUUGCUAACGUCGUGUUCAAUAAUCGAACCGUUUCGUUUGAUGGAGCUCUAAACUUCACCAAUGUUCAAAUGGGUCGAUCCGGACCGGACAUGGGUUCGAACAUUCUUCACACCACGCUGCAACAGACACAACCUUUCAGUCGUAGCUUCAAACCGCCACCAGAAGGAUGCAACAGGGAUCGAUUCCAGGUCGGAAGCUACUCUUACGAACCAAAUGCUUUCAAGUACGGUGAUAAACUUCAGAGUCACUCGAUAGUCAAUGUAGCCGCGCGUCAUCUCUGGCAGCGAAAUUUCAACGUGCAGUUCGACUUCCGCACAUUCUACCCCAAUGGAGUGCUGUUUGUGGCACUGGGAUCUAAAGACAAAGCGAAGCACUUCAUCACACUGGGGCUGAAGGACGGAACUCUAACCCUGACGGUGCGAGGUCGCAAACGGGAACAGCUGCUACUACCAGUGAAACUCAACGACGGCCAGUGGCACCAUGUUUCGCUUUACAGCAUCAAAAAGAAAGCUACGCUGAGCGUCCAGACUGAUAACGGUCUGAGCUCGGCGCAGAUUAAACUACCAAAGAGAUUGAAUGCAUCCAACAAUCUGUUUGUUGGAGGCAUUCCAGAUGACACGCCACUGCCCAAGGAUUUGCAACCAAAACCGGAGGAGUUCAAGGGGUGUUUGAGGAAGUUUUCGGUGAAUAACAACACUCAGGAUCUGGCACGGCCGGGAAGGCAUAUGAACGUUGGGCAGUGCUUCCCGCGGAUCGAACAGGGCUCCUACUUCCCGGGUGAUGCGUAUGCUAUAUACAAACGCAACUUCAAUGUUGGGAAGUUCAUGGACGUCGAUCUCGAGAUUCGAACAUCGGAAGUCAAUGGAAUUUUGAUGAGUGUUGCCGAGCCUAUUAAUGGGUUCCCCGCUUUCUCUCUCGAGAUUUCGAAUGGAAAUGUUAUUCUCUCGAUCGACGUAGGUGACGGUUACCCCAUCCGAGUACAAAGCACACUACCUUCCAAAUACACCCUCUGCGACAACCGGUGGCACAACGUGUCGGCAUUGUACGAAGACCACCAGAUAGUGCUGCGAGUGGACGACUAUCCGCCGAACACCCUGCUGGUGCAGUCCAACGAAGUCAUGCGAAGGGUAGCGACUAAGGCUCCCCUCUAUAUUGGAGGGCUCCCAGACACAGCACCCAGCGGGACACUUCUUCUGCGCGAAAACUUCAAGGGCUGCAUACGAAAUGUGGUGAUACGAAACGAACGAAAGGAUUGGACCGACAUGGACAAUCUCCACAAUGUGUUACUGAGCGAGUGCUUGACCGUCAACUAGGAUUCGUCUCGCCCGUGACAGCUUACUUUCUGUAAAUAGUAGAACAUUCAUCAAGCCAUUACGCUUCUUCGAUAAGAGUAGUAGCAACAUUACAAGUGUAGUAAAAAUCGCCCCAUGACUCCAAGGUCACUGGCACCCGGAUCAUGGGGAACUCUGACAUACCAAAAACGUAAUACUUAUUCUGUAAAAUUGUAUCGAAAUGCUCCGAGAGGCUUUCUUCCCAGUGUAUGUGUAUUUAGUUGUCUGCUAACGGUCAGCGAGUAAUCAAUACGCAUGCCAACAAAUAAAACUGUAAUCGAUGUGCCUUCUUGGACGCUUUCCCUCUGUAUGAUAGAAACACGUGCGUACAAACCACCGAUCCUAAGCCCAUAUUUUUAACUAAAUAGUAGAACAAACGCAACAAUGUGUUCCCCUUGCGUAAGCCUUGUAAAAUACAUUCAAGUCAUAAUUGUUGAAUUUACUUUAAGUAUUUAUUUAGACAAACGAAUUAAAUGCGCACAACUGCCAACCAAUUGUCGUUCCUGUUUUGAGAACUAUCUGACGAAUUGUUAAGAUCUAAUUGUAAGAUAACGAACAAAAAUCAUUGUGCUGCCAUAGAAACAGAUAGGAUUACUAUAUUUAAUGUUCUAUUUAACAUUGAUGAAAGUUUGUUUACGAGAAAUUCCACUGAAGAAGGUGUAAAUUGUUAUCAUUCAUUGUAAUUUAAUUAUGUUUAUGAUUCAAACCUAUUUAAGUCCACAAGAGGAAAUGUAGUUCAAUGUUUCUGUGAAAUGGAGUAUAUAGAAAAUAAACUAAUAUUUUUCUUAUGUAAACCCAAACCAAA